UGCAGAAAAAUAGCGAAAUAGGUAUGUUUGAAUCGCCAUCUCUCGCAUAAGUUCAUAUUCCACUUUACACUUGCUCAAAACCCCCAACCUAAACAAUAACCUCCGUUAUUCUUAUUUAAUAACUUACCUUAUGAAUCGAUGAACACAGUUUCCAACAACAAUUGAUCAGAACAAGCAGUGAAUUUUCGGAGCAGUGUGUUUUUAUGUCUGGUUGAUCGAAAAUUCCCCGGAUUUAUCUAUUUUGAGGAGUGGAAAAUGACGAGCAACAGUCGAAGUAGUAGUAAAUGUAAGGAUGAUGGGAGUAAUGGCUUAAAGAAGAAGGUAGUUAAUGGAACUGGAUCAGCAGCUACUGGGUCUGGUGCAGGUGAUAGUUACAGUUUAAGGAAGUCGGUCAGAGAUUCUUCUUCUAAUAAAGAAGUGCCCGCGACUUCGCAAAGUACGAGGAGGUCGGAAAGAUUUGUGAAAAGUGCGUCAGUGUCGCCGGUAAGCAAUAGGAAGUCUGGGAGAAUUAGUAAAGAAUUGACACCGAGCCCUUUGAGGAGGUCUGAUAGAGGUAAGAAACAGAUUUCAUCGGGUUCCUUAGGACAAAAGAAGUCUGAGGAGAAGGUGUCUGUAGCGGUAGAUCUGGAUCAGAUGAAGACUAAAAGAGAGAAGAGUUUGAGUGAGUUGACGGGGGAAAAUAAAUGCGAGGGUAAGAAAUCUGGUCGUGGGAAAAAGCAAGGUUAUGAUGGUCGUGCAUUCAGAGCUCUUUUUAAGAGACAAUCAAAUGUAAAAGCUGCUGCAGGUAUGCUUAAUUUCUUGAUAAUCUCAGAUAAGAAUGGCAUUAGCUCCUCUGAAAGGGAUAGCGUCGUUGAAGAGACUUCAGCAAUUGCAGAAAAGUUGGUUGUUGACUUAUCCACAGAAGAGCAGGGCCAAACUCCUGAAGUGGCAGGUUCUAGUUUGACAAGAAAAUCCCAGAAUGAUGGUAUUGAUGUUGAACGUGGUGAUGAUACCACACUGUCUAAAAGAAAAAUAGAUUUGGUUGUGGAUCUUGAUGCUUCUGCAACAGAUGGUAGAAGAGAGGACUGUACCUCUAGUUCUGAUAAUCUUCAUUCAUCUUCUGGGUGCAAAACUCAUAGUGUCUUUAGAAGAUGUGCCACUUGCUCCAAGAGGCAAAGGUUUUGUGAUGGAAUAGAAUGCAAAAUGAGCUGCGAUGUAUCUUGUUCAAAUCAUUCCACCCAUGAUGCCCCAGCCGGAGUUUGGCACUGUUUCCAAUGCUUGAACAAUAAAAUGCAGGCUGGUGCUUGUUCAUUGCCCGGAAGUGUAGAGGCAAUUUGGAAUGCUCGAGAAGCUGAGGUCUCAAAUGCUGAAGGAUUGCAAAAGGAAAAGCAAUAUUUUGUCAAAUAUAGAGGUCUUGCUCACAUUCACAACCAGUGGAUUGCGGAGAGUCGGUUACUUCUUGAAGCUGGGGAAUCUGUUGAGGAAUUCAAUAGAAAAAGAGAGGUUGUGAAGUGGAACGAGGAGUGGGUUGUUCCACACAGAUUACUGAAGAAAAGAUUGUUAUUGGCCCCCGGGCAGGAGAACGGUGCCGCUGCCGAAAUUUCUAGUUCUAAAUGCGAGUGGCUUGUGAAGUGGCGUGGCCUGGAUUACAUCAAUGCUACAUGGGAGUUGGAUACUUCUCUUGGCUCUGCUGUUGGUCAGAAUCUCAUAAAGGAGUAUGAAAAUCGUCACAAGAAGGCAUUAGGAGAUCCUUCAGCUGAUAAGGAUAAUCAUGGUUAUGUAGUUGAACUUCAAAAGCUUCCAGCUGGGAGUCCACCUGGCUUGGGUCCUAGCCAUCUUGAUACUUUGAACAAGCUGCGAGAGUUUAGACAUAAAGGGCAGAAUGCUGUUGUUUUUGAUGACCAGGACAGAAUAAUGAAGACAAUUUUAUAUAUUGUAUCCUUGUCUAACGUCUGUCAGCCCUUCCUUAUUGUAACAACUUCCUUUUGGCUUCCUGUGUGGGAAUCUGAGUUCUUGCGUGUGGCACCAUCAAUUGAUGUUGUAGUAUAUGAUGGGAGUUCUGAUAACAGAAAAAGUAUCCGGACACUGGAGUUUUAUGAUGAUGGGGGUGGGAUAAUGCUUCAAGUGCUUUUAUCUUCGGUGGAAAUCAUUGUUGAGGAUUUGCAUUUCUUGGAGUCCAUGAAAUGGAAAGUAGUGAUAGUUGAUGAGUGCCAACAAUCUUUAAUCUCAUCCCAGUUUGAACAAAUUAAGAUGUUAGUUGCCGAUGUGAAAUUACUUCUCUAUGGCGGUCCAUUAAAGGAUGAUGUCACUGAAUAUGUAAAUUUGUUGUCAUUGCUUGAUUCUUGUGGUAUUGAUGUUUCGAAUGCCGAGUCGAGUGAUACUAGUAAAUUCAAGGAGAGGUUAUCACAGUAUAUUGCAUCUGAAUGCAAGUCAAACUCUCCCAGGUUUGUAGAGUUUUGGGUUCCUUCUAUAAUAUCGAAUGUGCAGCUUGAGCAGUAUUGUGAUACUCUUUUAUCAAAAUCAAUGUGUCUAUGCUUGAAUUCAAAGACUGAUCCUGUUGGGGCUCUCCGCCAAACUGUCUUUUUGACUAGAAAGAGCUGUGACCAUCCCUAUAUUGUUGAUCCUUCUCUUAAAGUCCUAAUAACGAAAGAUCUUCCUCCCAUAAAUUUUUUGGACGUGGAGAUAAGAGCUAGUGGAAAACUACAACUUCUGGAGAUGAUACUCUCGCAAAUUAGAAGGCAACAACUGAGAGUGCUCCUUCUCUUUCAGUCUGUAGCAGGAUCUGGGAGGGACACACUGGGACUGGGAGAUAUUUUAGAUGAUUUCUUGCGUGAGAGAUUUGGUGAAAAUACUUAUGAACGUCUUGAUGGGGGUGCGGUCUCAUCUAAGUUAAGACAAAAAGCAUUGAACAGUUUCAACAAGGGAAGUGGGAGAUUUGUGUUCUUAUUAGAAAACCGUGCUUGCCUCCCAAGCAUUAGACUUGUGUCAGUGGACACUAUAAUAAUCUUUGACAGUGACUGGAAUCCAGCAAAUGAUAUAAAAGCAUUAAACAGAAUAUCUAUUGAUUCACAGUCCAAGCAGAUGAAGAUAUUUCGUCUAUAUUCAGCUUUUACUGUUGAAGAAAAAGUUCUGAUUCUUGCUAAGCAGGGAUUGUCACUUGAAAGCAACUUAGAGAACAUAAGUCGUGCUACUAGUAACACAUUGCUGAUGUGGGGAGUAUCAAGUUUAUUCAAUAGGCUGGACGAAUUUCAUAGUACCCCUGAUGCGAAUGUCUCAUCCGAACAAACCCUUGCGAGGAAAGUAGUGGAUGAAAUAUUGGCAUUACUUUCUCAGCAUGGUGAAUGUGAUGGUAUUGACAACUAUUCCAUCUCAAAGAUUCAGCAGAGAGGUGGAGUUUACAGUUCAAAUUUGAGGUUGCUGGGCGAGCAACAGGUUAUAUCAUCUGAUUGUGAACAUCCACAUAUUUUCUGGGAAAAUUUGCUAAAAGGAAGAAAUCCGAAGUGGAAAUUUUUGACCGGUCAAACUCAUAGGCACCGGAAAAAAGUUCAGUAUUUUGAUGAUUCACCAAAGCAAGCAGAAUGUGAAGCUGUUGAAGUUGGAAAGAAGCGCAAGAAGGGAGGAGCUAAUUUCAGUCCCGGGCUUGAACAGAACAAGGCUAUAGGAGACAAAAUUGCUGGGGCUUCUGGUAUUCCAGAAGAUCAUGGUCUGUGCUGUAUGGAACGACAAGAUGCUAGUGUAACCGACUUACUCAACUCUAGCAAUGCUACCACAAUUGCUUCUGAGAAGAGCAGAGUGCCAGAUGCACAGAACAAUUUUAAUCUUUCUGUGAAGACAUCUAUGUUGAAGCUUUGUGAGAUUUUAAAAUUAUCAGAUGACAUCAAAAAUCUGGCAGAACGGUUUCUUGAAUAUGUUGUUUCUAAUCAUCAAGUCAGUAGAGACGAAAACAUAUUGCAGGCAUUUCUCAUAUCUCUGUGCUGGUGUUCAGCUUCACUUCUAAAUCAGAAAGUUGAUAGGGUGGGAUCUCUCCUCCUUGCACAGAAACAUCUGAAGUUUAUAUGUAAUGAAAAAGAAGCAGACUCUGUGUAUUCUGCUGUGCGGAAGCUAAAAAAAGCAUUCAAGGAGAAUGUGAUAUCAGAUAUUUCAAAGGGUAACAUAUUGGGAGUUGGAAAGUCCUGCAAAGGAACACUGAAUGAGAAGAUUUUGCAGUUGCAAAACGUAAAACUAGAGCAUGAAGGAACAAGAGAUCAAGUGUGUACUGGUGAGAAGGUACAAGAAGAUAAGACACACAAUGUAGAUAAGGAGAUUAAGUUAAAACUCAUCCAGAAAAAAUUUAGGAAGCAAAUAGCAAAACUGAAGCAGAAACAAGAUGAAGAAAUAAAGGAAUUUAAUAGAUCUUGGCAGGCCCAGAGAGAAGAUAUUGAAAAAAAGCAAAAAGUUGAGUCGGCUAUUAUUGGAGCGAUGUAUACUCAUGAAGCGUUAAGAAUGGAUAAACUCAAGGCAUCUGAUAAUGAGUGCGCGAAGAAAUUAGAAGAACUUGAGCGUCAGAAGGAGAUAAGCUUUAAACAAUUAAAAGCACGGCAUCUUGAUGCAUUAUCAGAUGAGAACAGGAAGUUAAGUCAGGGGGCAAAAUCAGCAACACCCUUUGUUACAGAAGUUGCUGGCCAGAAGGAGCUGCCUUUGCCUCAAUCUGGUGUUCAGAAUGAGGGGGAAUACUCUCGAGUUGGUGAGUAUGGGUCUCCAACUGUUUCUGAGAAUGUUCCAACUCUGUCUAGACUACCUAAUCUCAUUGCAUGUGAAAAAAAUAUAGUUGAAAAGGUUCCAGGUAAUACUUGUGGAAUGAUUUCAAAUCAAGCUUCCAAAGAUGACGAGGUGGAGAAUAUGGCGUUAGUAAAUGUCCCAGUUGCUACAAGUAAGCAGCCUAUUAUUAUAGAUGGUUCUGUUAAUAUUCAUGAAAACACGGGAUCUUUUUGUAGGAAUCAGUCCAAAAAUAAGAACCCAGAACAAAAUGUGUUAAAUGAUCCAGGUAGAAUCAUUCUAUCAGAACCAUUGAAAAGGAUUCCAGAGAAAGUGAUCGGUGAUGCCAACUCCUUAGAGCUGAAAACGCCUGCUGUAGAAUACCAUGCAGAGAAUGAUACAGUAGAUGGAACAAGCUCUGAAACACCAAAUGUUCUUGAAAAUCAUACCCAUGGGGGUGAAGCAAAUAGCUCUGCUGAUGUUAAGUCCUCUUCCACAGAGAUACUAAAAUUACCUGAAAAGCAGCCAGCUUUAUCUACUGCUUGUAAUCAAGUUGAAGUUUCAGCUUUGCAAGUAUUUGGUGCUGAAAAAGUGUCACAUGUUGAGCAACUGCAAUCGGAAAUUUCUACAGUUCCAGUUUUAGGUCACACUUCAAGCGAUUUACCUCCAGCUAGUGGAUCUGCUCCUAGAUUAACUAAUGAAAGGGAUACUUUUCCUCAAAAUAGAUCUGAGAAUACAAUGGAGCUUUCAGGUCAGGAUUUUUCACUAGAUGGUCAAAUUGCAGAAGAGAAUGAUCAAGCAAGGCAUCUUGCGAACGAGCAUCAUGAGAUUCCGCCACGAUUGGUUGAGCACCCAACAGAGCUUCCUGAUCAAGUUCUUCCACUUCUUGGGGCAAAUGUGGACCUGCAUACCACUACUGAUGUAAUAGAAACACCUCUUCCUCAAAACCAGCCUGAUUUGCCAUCUAGUACACUCGAUCACCAGCCUGUCCAUUUGAGUACAUAUUUAUUGAACUCUGAGGCUGUGCCACAAGUCAAUGAGAGUACAACAGAGCUUCCCAGACAAGCUGUGGUUUCGACCAGAGUAAAUAUGUCUGUUCAGGGACAGCGUGCUGAACACCAGGUCCCUUCACGAAUUCCGAAGGUAACUUCAUACAGUGACCCACUACAGAAUCAACUUGAAGGAAUUCGUAAGGAAACUGAACAAGCUAUAAAGCUUCAUGAAGAGGGGAAAAUGAGACUGAAAUUCGAGUUUGAAGAAAGUGUAGCUCAACUUCGUAGGAACUAUGAAGCUAAAUGUAAGGAAGCUGAGGAUGCAUUCCUAUGGAAGAAGAAAGAACUUGAUACAAAUCAUAACAAAGUCCUCGUGAAUAAAAUUCUGGCGGAUGCUUUUAGGUCCAAGUGCGUGGAACCUUCUAGGUACACAGGGUCGCAACAUGCUGUGCAUCCUGGUCGUGGGCAACACCUGAAUCAGUUACCUCAGCAUACUGCACCUAGACCAUCUCCCAUCACCGUUGCAUCUUCAGCUGGCCAACCUGCUUCCAGUCAACAGAAUACAGCUCUUAGGUCACAGCCUGCAUCAAGGCUUCACCUAAAUACUGUCUCGUCUAUGGCUCGCCAACCAUCAGCCAAUCAGCAAAAUACGACUUUAUCAUCACAAUAUGGAACUAGGAUUUUACCCGUGACUGCAUCUUCUGAUAGCCAACCUGCAGCCACACAGCUGCAUACUACUCUGCUGACGCAGCCUGAGCCUGGUAAUAACUUCGUCCCUGUUUCAUCUUCAGCUGGCCAACCGGCUACCUACCAGCAGAACAACGAGCCACUGUCGCAGCCUUCAGCAAGGAUUUCUCCCAUCUCCUUAGCAUCUUCUGGUGCUCAUUCUGCUUCCGGUCAGCAGAGUACCCAACCUCCAUUACAAAUUGUUCACCAAUCAGCGGCUCUUUUCUCAAGCAUUUCAACCAGGCCACCUCAGAUAAAUCCUAUCACCCUUUCGAUGGGCAAUGUCAGAGUUGGAAAUGAAAAUCGUGCCCGUGCUCCUGCCCCACAUCUACAGGCUUUCAGAUCUGCAUCAUCUGUAAACACUUCUGCACAACGUAUGGCGCCGGGUCAUCUGACUCCAACUAGUCUGCCAGCAUCUUCAUCUUAUCCUCUGCCAUGCUCAGUAGCCCCAAAUAUGGCACCAAACUACUCCAGUGCCAUCUAUAGUAAAUCAUCAACCCAGUCUAAUGCCGCAAAAGAUAUGUUACCACCUGGAGUAUCAGCUCCUCCCAGUGCUUCAAUGUCCAAUCAGGAAUUGCUCAAGACACAUGGUGCACAGAGACCUGAUGAACCUCUCCCAGAUUUGGGUUCUACAUUAGAUUCAAUAGAUUUUUCUGUAUUUGAAACUGGGCCUAGCUUGCCACCAAGCUCAGAAGUUCCAGAUGUAUCAACCAAUUUAGUUUGUUUAUCAGAUGAAGAUUAAUUCUGAAUUUUUUUUAUAGGUCUUCAAUUAGAAAUCUUCAGCAUCGCAGACACAAGUGAUGUUUGUCAAAUGUUGUAUCGAAUAUAUGCUGCUGUAUAGAACUGUUUUGCUGUGCUGAUUCACGCAGUAGUAACAAUUUUCCUCUCUCCAA